AUGUCUGAAAUCGAACAUAUUGACCCUUUCGCAGGCAUCACGGUUAGUGAUUCUGAAGAAGAGAUCGAGCAAGUUUUUGAAGCACCGACUAGACCAGUAGUGGCGAUAAAUUAUCAGUAUAAUCCAGAAGUUAAAACUAACUUCUGUUGUCAAGUUGAUAGAGAUAUUCACGCUGAGGGCACCGUCAUUUUGAUUAAUGAUGCGCAGAAGACGACUGACAGUAGUGGAAGUUCAUAUAUUACAUACAUAGUAAAAGUAGGGGAAAAAGAGGUUAAUCGGCGGUAUUCAGAGUUCGAAUCCUUACGGAAGAGUUUAAUGAGGUUAUAUCCUACUUUGAUAGUUCCGCCAAUUCCGGAGAAACAUUCAAUUGCUGAUUACGCGACUUUGCAAAACAAGGCCAAAGAAGACGUCGCGAUGAUCGAAAAACGUAAAAGAAUGUUACAAAGUUUCUUAAAUCGCGUAUCCAGCCAUCCACAGCUUUCAGACGAACAUGUAUUUCAUAAAUUUUUGGAAACUGGAGUUUCCUGGAACGAGGUGUUACACUCUCCUCCGCUUUCCAAUCUGCCAAAAAACAUUCUUCAGGCAUCUCCCGCUAACCUUUCAUCUUCGUCACCUACUAGUAGCGCAGCUCAACAGGCUACUCUUCCUAAUCCAAGUGCAUCUCAACACUUGAAGAAUCCCGAUCCACAAUUUGUAGAAUCUGAAGCCUUUACUAACAAAUUUUCAUAUCAUAUAAGUCAAAACUUGGAAAAGACAAAUAAGAGAACUUGGAAACGCUUGAAUGAUCUAUCAACUGAUUACGCUGAACUAGGUGCAAUUUAUAAUGGGUUCAGUUUAAAUGAACAUGGCGAAUUAUCUAAUGCAAUUGAAAAAGUGGGUCAGGCUGUUGAUUCUUCUUAUAUGGCUACAGGAACAUUGAUUUCCUCACUUGAAGCUGGAUUUUCUGAACCUUUACAAGAGUAUUCGCAAUUUGCUCAGGUUAUCAAACAGGUUCUUAAAUAUAGACACCUAAAACAUUUGCAAAUGGAGCUUACUGCCGAUACAUUAGAAAAACAAAGAGGGAAUUUGGAAUCUUUGGAAAAAUCGGAACAAGAAGCGAAAAGGUUAGAAGAAGCUCUAGCUAAAGAGCAAGGUAUUCAAGAUAAUUCCAUUCAAGAUCCACCACCUAACCCUGAUGGAGAAAAUAACGAAAAUCUUAUUGGAGAAAAUGAUCAAUCUGAAGAACAAUCUCAGAAUGGGGAUUUAUCACCUCUUCCUGGAGGAAAUAAAUCUCAUCAAAAGAGACGCAGCGGGUCAAAGCUUUUUUCUGUACUUAGUCAUACAAUUCAUGGAAUUAUAGACGUUGAUCCCGAAGCUACUCGCAGAAAUAGCAUUGGAAAAACUAGAGAUUCUAUAAUUCAGCUUGAAGAAGCUCUUGUAACAACUACGGAAGAUUUAAAAAAUAUUUCGGUUUCUAUUCAGAGUGAUUUAGAUCGUUUUCAGCGUCAAAAGAUUCGUGAUUUAAAAAAUAUGCUUAUAAAUUUUGCCAAGAUCCAUGUAGAAUGGUGUCAAAAGAAUUUGGCCAGUUGGGAAGAAGCUAAAACCGAAGUUGAAAAAAUUCAGACGUAA